AUGAAUGGGUUAAUACCUUUACUCCUAGGGGACAGCGUGUCUGUGCCUCCCCUCCCACCCUCGCUUGCCCCUCCCUGCCUUCCCUGUGUCGAGGGGCGGCAGCGCGCCGCUCCUCACUCCUCCUCGUUUCCCCUGACGACUGCUCCCCUGCAGACUCUCCACUUGGACGUGUGGGGCCCAGCCCGCAUCCAAGGACAGGGCCGCGAGCGAUACUUUCUGCUGGUUGUUGACGACUACUCGCGUUACACCACGGUCUUCCCCUUGCGCAGCAAGGGUGAGGUCCCUGAUGUCUUGAUCCCCUGGAUCCGCGCUGUCCGUCUUCAGCUCCGCGAGCGCGGUCCCGUCGCCGCCCCUAGCGGCCCCGUCGCCGCCCUUUGCGGCCACGUCGCCGCCCUUCGCGGCCCCGUCGCCGCCCCUAGCGGCCCCGCCGCCGCUCUUCACGGCCCCGUCGCCGCCUCUAGCGGCCCCGUCGCCCUUCGCGGCCCUGUCGCCGCCUCUACCGGCCCCGUCGCCGCCCUUCGCGGCCCCUUCACCGCUGAGCCGCCCAGCAGCCGAGCCGCCGAGCCGCCGAGCCGCCCAGCAGCCGAGCCGCCGAGCCGCCCAGCAGCCGAGCCGCCCAGCAGCCGAGCCGCCGAGCCGCCCAGCAGCCGACCCGUCGAGCCGCCGAGCCGCCCAGCCGCCGAGCCGCUGCCGUCGAGCCGCUACUGUCACUGCCGAGCCGCUGCCACCGCGGUUACAGCCCUGUUCCUACCGGCGCGCCGCGGCCCUACCCACUCGGACUGCACUGUUCGCUCACAGUGGGCCACACGCGAUGCUGCUGCCCGUCUUGCUGUGCGUCGCCACUUACCGACCACUGAGCGUGCGCACUUUAGUCAGUACAAGAGUGCUAAGACCUUGUACGACGCUGUAGUUACACGCUACUCUUCCCCUGCCACUGCUGCUCUUAGCCGCCUCAUGCUGCCAUACCUGUUUCCUGACCUUGCUGCCUUUCCCACAGUCGCUGACCUCAUUACGCACCUUCGCACUAGUGACACUCGCUACUGCGCUGCGCUUCCUGCUGAGUUCUAUGCCAAGAACCACCCCCCCAUGUACAUCACCCUCUACUACAUAGUCACCCGGCUCCCUGACUCCCUUCGCUUAGUCAGGGACCACUUCCUUUCAGUUUGCCCCACCACACUCACCGUUGACCUCCUCAAGGAGCGCCUCCUGGCAGCAGAGAAGAGCAUAGUUGCUGUAGGAGCCUCUCGUGGUGACCCUCGUACCCUCGUCUUUGAGGGGUGUUCCCCCUCCCCCCUCUUGCCCUCUGUUGCUUCUCCUGCUGCGGCCGACCUCGUUGGCUUCGAGUCGGUCAGCGCCGCAUCUGCCCUUAGUGGGAGACGCCGCACCGGCAAGGGCAAGGGGGGCAAGGGCGCUGGAGGGGCUGGCGGGGGCGGUGGAGGUGGCGGUGGAGGUAGUGGAGGGGGUGGGGGUGGUGGUGGGAGUGGUGGCGGGGGUGGAGGUAUCGGUGGCAGCAGUGUAGGCGGAGGAGGCGGCGACAGUGGCGGUGGGAGCGGAGGCGGCGGAUUGUAG